UUGACUCAUCUUUCUCCACAUUUAGUUUCUCAGGAUAAAAAAGCCCCACCACCUCAAAGAGGCACCAACUUUGAAUCACAUAAUAUCCGCCAUUGAUAUGUCAUCUCGCUUUGCAAAAACUCCCAAGACCCCAUACUAUGUUGUGACUUUCACCUCACAGAGAACAGAAUCACAUCAGAAAGAAUAUGACGAAAUAAGUGACAUUAUGGAAUCACUCGCAGAAAAACAACCUGGCUACCUCGGUGUGGAGUCCGCAAGAGAUUCUAGUGGAUUGGGUAUUACAUUGUCUUAUUGGAAGGAUAGAGAAUCGAUUCUCAAUUGGAAGAGAAACACUGAUCAUCUCUUAGCCCAAAAGUUAGGUAAAGAAAAGUUUUACGAAAACUACUCAACAAGAGUGGCAAAGGUUGAACAUGCUUACGAACUUUAAUCUACCGCGCCUUUUAUUGGAUAGCUUCUUAUUAACAUACUACUGGAUUAUUCUAAUGUAUAAGUAUAUAUGUGUAUGUAUAUAUAUAUCCUCCCU